AUGGUCAAGUCAAACCACGCCGCCCCCUUACAGAUCAGGCUCACAGAGCCCGUCAUCUUUCUUCGUGGGCCGUCAACGGGCACCGACUUUCGUGGUCGUCCACAACAGGCCCCUCGCGAUGGCCAGUUGGCAAUGUGCGCCAAAGUGGCUACGACUAACUCGGAACCCACAGGCAUUGGGCCCCGCCGCACAGAUACAUUCGAGGAGACGCCCAUCAUCUCGGAGACAACCACGUUCUUCUCGGCGGCAGAUGGCAUCGCGACCAAGUCGACCCGACGAUCACACUCGCUCGGCCCUGGUGCCAUCUCCCAGUACGACCUCGACGCCGACGACCAGGAUGACUAUGGGUUUGGCGACUCGCAUGUGGAACCCGAUCGAGGACGCCCUCCUCCACGCAGUGCCAGUGUGUUGCCAUCGAACCCAGACGACUGGAUGACAUGGCACCGCGACGGCUACUCUCGUCCGCCCAGCCCGGAGAGGGGCGACCGGGGUGCGCCUUCUCGCCAAGACAGUGCCCUCUCCCUGUCCAAUCUGCGAAACCUGGAGCGCGAACGUGGUCCAUCGCCAGCGUACAGCCCGACAUAUACGCCUUUGCUGUCGGCCAUCUCGGGAUCCGGUCUGCCUCGCCCCUCUUCGCUUCGUGAGGUGACCUCGCUUGUCCCGCAGCGUGAUCCCUUGUCUCCCAUCGCAUCAGCCAACGUCUCUUCUCGCGGCACUUCCGAGCGCGACGCCAGCACGGACACUGAAGCCCGAGUCCGGCACCCACAUGGCUCCCACCUCGCAGAAACGGCUUUGGCAGAGGGCGUGGAAUGGGAUCCAGCCACGACCACACCUUCAGGAGGCCACCCCGAGGAGCCCAUUGUUUUUGCGCCGGUGGAGGACCCUGGACCCCCACUGAACACCGCCAUUCGAUUCCAGACAACACAGUUGCCUCCUCACCCGUCUUCGCCUGAUGCCGUCACCACGCCUACGCCCGGAGCGCCCCUGGCCCUGCACAAUAGUCGCGCUGCCUCGCUUCGAACCAUCGACUCGGCCGUGUCCUCCAACUCUGGGCGCAGCGCGCAGGGCGUCGUCUCCGAGUAUCACCCUGUGUCGUCGGCCAGUCAGCCGGUCCCUACCGCCGUCUCAACACCCGCCAACGAGACACCGCCAGGUGGUUCGUCGCCGUACGGUCGCGGAUCACCAGCUGCGUCUGGUCCUCCUUCCGUGGCCGACGGCGUCGAGGGGUCGUCCCACCGUCGGUCCAGCGGACUUCGGCCAGGCUCGAAUCCCUCGGCGGGCCCAAGCCCUCGCACGUCUGGGGAUAUCCCAGAAGUGAUACAGGGUCGCACUACACCCGGCUCGUCAUCAGUAAUUAUCAACCAUGGCGCCCCCCACAGCCCGAGCCCCGGCUCGUCCGAACCGCCAUUCGCCAGCUCCAACGGCUCAAUGACCGAUGAGCGCGGACGCAAGCCCAACCACCAUCACCACCACAAGUUUAGCAUUGCAGCGGCACUGCGCGGCUUGAGCCAGGAUGUCAAGGACCGCGUCCGGAGCCACAGCCGUCCCACCAGUCGCCCUGCCAGCCGAGCUAGCAGCCGCACUCGUGCAGAGACGCCGAGCAACGCUCCAUACCAUCAGGACAACAGCUCGGUGUCGAUCCCAAUGUCACAGUCGAGCUCCAGCACUGCUGCAACGACUGCCCACCGUGCCGCAGUGGACGACUUUCACACGUACGGCCGUGGUGGAGCAGGGCGUCGUAGCCGUUCUGUCGACAAGGCGGGAUCAUCUAGGAGCCCAGCUCCUUCGACGGUCGACGACCGCGGCCGCAGCAGGCACAGGAUGAAGGCUCUCGCAGACGUCUUGGGCAUGGCCGAGGAUGGCAACGACCACGAAGAGGUGCACAACUGGAAGGAGUUCCGCAAGGGCGUGUACAACUAUCCGAUCUCGUUCUCGAUCCCGACCGGCGCACCACCCAGCAUUACCUGCGAGUUUGGCAGCGUCGUGUACAAGCUCAAGGCGACUGUCGUCCGUGCCGGUGCCCUCACAACCAACCUCACCGAGGACAUGGAUGUCACGAUGAUUGCCGGUCCUCAGGAAGAUGACAUGGAGGAGACGGACAAUGUCAUUGUCGAGCGCCAGUGGGAGGAGCAAAUGCGCUACCAGAUUGCGCUGAGCGGCAAAGCGUUCCCGAUCGGUGGCACCAUCCCAAUGAGCAUUCGCCUGAUGCCAUUGAUGAAGUGCAAAAUCUAUCGCCUGACCGUUGCCUUGGAGGAGAAAUCCGACUACUUCGCCGCAGGUCGCAAAGUGGCACGACACGAGACCCCGCGCCGGUUCAUCCUGUUUGCGGCCAAGAACCCCGAUCCGCACAACAAGAAAGAGCGUCCCGAGCCUCUGCUCCCCAUCCUGUCCGAGUCCAUGACCGCCGUCAAGGACUCUCCUCUGGCCGAACUGGCACGCAACGCCGCACUCAACAACCCGCGCGAGUUUGCCGAGUUUUCCAACCCCGAGGACGAUGUCUACGCUUCCCUUCUCGACCCAUUGGGUCCAUGGCACCUGGAAAAGGACCUCCAUGUGCCCGACUGUGUCACUCGCAUCAAGUUUACCACCAAGCACGAACAUACCAACAUUGCAGUCGCGCAUUGGCUCAAGGUGACGAUCCGUGUUGAGCGUGGAGACGACGCUGCGGUCGACUCCAAGGGCCGCCGCAAGCAGUUUGACAUUAUCAUUGAGACACCCAUCAAGAUUCUCGACUGCCGUGUCAACCCCCAGUACAACUCGUUGCCUUCGUACGAGCGCGUCGGCGUCGACCUGACGGCCCUGGGCAAUGGCUGCUCGAUCCAUGCCAAGACCAACAACAAUGGCAGCUCCAACGUUAUCCCCAAGAAUGUUCUCGUGGGAGCCACCCAGGCCGGCCAUAUUGUGCACGGCAUCUUGGACAGCACGCUGCACCACCACAGCGGGCCAGAGCAGCAUACUUCGUCGCCCUUGCUCUCCCCAGAGAUGGCCCUGCCAGGCCACAGCAGCGCCCAAGCCCACGCCGAGCACGAGGACACUCUUCUGGAACGCAACAUUGUGUACGACCGUCUCAUGAGCGGCCAAGAGACCGAGACGGGCGAGGAGCCGCCGAGCUACGGCGAAGCAGUCGCGUCCGCCAUCCGCUCGGCGCGCUCGGCGUCCCGUAUCCCGCACGGCAGCCGGAGCACCAGCGCAGCGGCCAGCACAUCGCAGAGCCGCAGCAAUUCCCGCGCACCCAGUGUCCGGGCUAGUCCUUCUGGCAGCCGCAGCCGCAGCCGCGCGAGGAUGUAUAUUGAGGACUGA